CUUUUCCCUUAUUUGGCAAAUUUUAAUUUUUUCAGUUUUCCCUCUCUCAAAAAAUUAACUCAGCGCCAGGUUCCAAAUUUUCCCUCAUUUUCUCACUUCUUUUUCUCGAGAAACUCCACCCAGAAAAAUCACAGAAAAAAAUUCACACCUCAAUCCAUGGUCGACGAUGGCGAAUUCUCCGGCACCAUUUGUUCAAUCUGCUACGAACCUCUCAACCCCGUUAACGAAGAUCUUCAAUGCGUAUCAAUCUGCGGUCACGUCUUUCACGAACUCUGUUUACAGCAAUGGUUUGAGUACUGUAAGACACCGAAGAAGCAUACUUGUCCUAUUUGCAAGCAAGGAUGUAAGGCGAAAGAUGCGUGUCGGCUUUAUUUUCAAUCAAUUGGAGAUGUGAAGGAAGGUGUUGUUACUCAGAAGAAUGUUGGUCUUGAAGAAGAUUCUGGUGUUUUGAGGAAGGAAGUUAAGAGAUUGGAGGGAAAAGUUUCGGGGCUUAGUACGGUUUUGGAGAAACAAACUAAGGAGUUAGAUGAACUUAAAGAUGAGCUUUGUACUUGCAAGGAGCAGAAAAAGAUAGAAAUAGCAUCAAAGAUUGAAGCCUUGAAGCAAAAAACAUCCUUACAAUUCCAGCUUCAUGUGAAAUCAGAGGAGCUUGAGAAGUCAAAUUUGGACCGUUUUAAAUUGCAAGAGCGAAAUAUGGCUUUGGCUAAAGAACUUGCAGCAUUAAAAUUAGUGUCUGAUCUGGACAUUGGUGAAGACGAGGUUUUGAAGCUUGCCACUUUGGGUAAUGGGACCAACAGUAAAGAAACAGUCGACACAUUAACAAGAUCUCUUGUCCUGCGGAACAGGAGUUACAAAGAGUUAAUGACCAAGUGUAAUCUUCUGGGGAGAGGUGAGGCUCGUUAUAGUAAAAAGCUUGAGAAGGCUAAUGAGAAGAUUAUUAAACUGAAGGCAAGGCUACAAGAACUGGAGACAACAAUGGAAGUAAAAGAGAAUGAAUAUUUGAAGCAUCUAAAAGUUGCCAAGAAUAUUGAAAACAAAAUCAAUUCUAAUUCUGAUGUAUUGAUGGCUAACACAUUUUCUUCAAAAGAGCAAAACAAACAAAGCACAACACCCAAAUCUGGAAUGGAUUUGAAUAAGAAUGACAACAACAAAUCUUUACAAUCUCUGAAGAUAGAGAACUCCAAAACAGCAAAAAAUAAAGAUGUGAAUAUUAGCAACAGAAGGAAAACUACCUUAUCUCUUGAUGAAGAUAUAGAUUGCAUCAUUAUUGAUGAAGAAGAAUACAAAGAGCCAGAAGCAGCAUCUGGCACAAAGACUAAAACAUCAUUGCAAGGAAUAUGUAAUUUGGCUGAGUCUUCAAGAUUUGAUAUUGACACUGAAAUGGCUGCCAUUACUGCUGGCACUACGAAUGAAGACGUGACUCUACAAGCUAAUGCUAAACAAGCUCAACCCAUGGUCAACAUUAGAAAGGAGUCACCUUUAACAACUUCAAGUUCAGUGGACAUCUGCUUUUCUGGUGGAUUACUUGGUCCUGAUGGAACUCAACGAUUCUUGGGUAAAUGGUGCAAACGUGGACAAACUGGUGAAUCAACAUCCACAAAAGGGAAUUUGAUAUCUGUAGGAGCCGAUGGUAGAGGUGGAACAGUCAAAGUUCUAAGGAAUCCAAGCCAAGCCUUCUCGGAUGGUAAGGAAACUUCAGUAGCUUCAAAAAGGUUGAAGCUUGGACCUAAUAAAGCUAGUUCGCAAUCCCGGGGAUGCUUGCAGAUGGAACACUUUUUUGGAAGGGCUGGGGUGGACCUUGUGGGUAUGUAUGUUUACCAGAAUGCAUACUUAGAGUUCUUCUGCUCGAAGGAAAAGCUGGAUGCACUUAUUGAGAAAUCUAAGGAUCGACCAUUCCUAACUUAUAUGGCUAUGAAUAAAGAAGGGAUAUGGAAAUCUAAUGCCGGCCAAACCGAUGUGAAUGCUGUGACAUGGGGGGUCUUCCCAGCUAAGGAAAUAAUACAACCAACCAUUGUAGAUCCUGCAGCUUCAACGUGUGGAAGGAUGAGGCAUUUGAAAUUUGGUCAAGAGGAUGGGCAAGCUUAUACUCUGAUGCUGAUGCAUCCAGGAAAUUGGUUGAAGAGGUGGGCAGCAGCCACUUCUUGGUCAGCUUGGUGGACAACGAUUACGUCAAUGGUGAUCUUUUUGGUCUGUUAGCUGAUUUCUGACACGAGCUUCUUAAUAUAUUAGUCCUUUAAACGAAGCCAAUUCUGUUGCUCGUCCGGUUUUUCCUUUCUUUUCUUUUCUUUUUUCCGCUUAAACGUGAUUAUUCAUAUUAUAUAGAUGAUUGAAUGUUGGAGUGUCAAAUUAAUUGUCUGGAAUAUAUGGCAAACAUGAUAAUGUUGUCAUGUUUUAGACUCUCACGAGUAAUCUGUAAUUUCAUAAAUCACAUUGACUUGAAGCACAAGUCGCUUAUUCCUUUGAAUUUCGUGGUUGUAUGA